GGACGAGCAGGAAGCCGAGCACCGCGGGGCCGGCGGCUGGCGGUCGGGGUCCGCGGCCGCGUCUCCUGGGCUGCAGGCUGGACAGGGGCGGGGCGGGGGGUGCGGGCACCCCGAGGCCUCCGCCUGCGCCCCAGCCCGGCGGCGUCCGGCCUGGGCGGGCCCCCGACGCCUGGGCCGCUCCGAGCGCUCCAGCGGGAACCCGGCGUGGGGCGCCCACCCGGGACGGCGCCCAGCCCGGAGCGCAGGCUGGGACAUGUCUGGCCCCCGAGGACAGCCGGUGGGCGAUGGCUGCAGAGGCAGAGGGGCUGGAGCCCCAGGCAGCUGCUACCGAAGAUGCUGCAGGAGAUGCCACAGAGGCUACGGAUGCGGAGCUCCGUCUCCUGGUUGGGAACCGGUUGAGCCUGGACCUGUACCCUGGGGGGUGCCACCGGCUGCUCCAUCUCUGUGCCCAGCGACCCCCUCAGCUGCAGGAAGUGGAGUUCUUGCAGCUGAGUGGCCACGAGGACCCUCAGCUGCUAGAGGCUACCCUGACCCAGGUGCCGCGGAGCCUGCAGCGCCUUCGCUCCCUGGUCCUCAGAGGUGGACAACACUGGGAUGUGCUGGGUGCCUGCCUCCGGGGCUCUCUGACCACACUGCCCGCUGGCCUGAGUGGCCUGGCCCGCUUGGCCCACCUAGAUCUGAGCUUCAACAGCCUGGAGACGCUGCCGGCCUGCAUCCCACAGAUGCAUGGCCUGAGCACCCUCCUGCUCUCUUACAACCACCUCUCAGAGCUCCCUGAGGCCCUCGGAGCCCUCCCCUCCCUUACCUUCCUCUCUGUGACCCAUAAUCGUUUGCAAACGCUGCCCAUAGCACUGGGAGCUCUCUCCACCCUGCAGCGCCUUGAUCUCUCAGGGAACCUUCUGGACACUCUGCCCCCUGAGAUUGGAGGCCUGAGCAGCCUCACUGAGCUCAAUCUGGCUUCCAACCGGCUGCAGGGCCUCCCGACCUCCCUUGUGGGGCUGCGGUCCUUGCGGCUCCUUGUUUUGCACAGCAACCUCCUGACCUCAGUGCCCACUGGCCUGGUACACCUCCCGCUGCUCACUCGGCUGGAUCUGAGGGACAACCAGCUCCGGGACGUGCCCCCGGAGCUCCUGGACGCCCCCUUUGUGCGCCUUCAGGGGAACCCCCUGGGCGAGGCUCUACCUGCCCCCCAAAGCCCCCCAGGGGCGCCGGUGAUCCUGGAAAUGCCCAGACUGUUCCUGAACUCAGAUGUGGACAGCUUCCCUGUGACUCCCCAAGGCUGCUCCGUGACCCUGGCGUGUGGCGUCCGCCUGCAGUUCCCUGCUGGGGCCACUGCUAGCCCUGUCAACAUCCAGUAUCGUCUCUGGCUGCCAGAGCCACGCCUUGUUCCCUUGGGUCCCCAUGACUCCCUGCUCAGUGGUGUCCUGGAGCUGCAGCCCCAUGGGGUGGCCUUCCGGCAGAAGGUGAGCCUGUGGCUGCUCUUCGUGCCCCCCCGCAUCCGGCGUUGCCGGGAGGUGGUGGUCAGGACCCUGAGUGGUGAUAGCUGGGGUGACCUGGACACUCAUGUGGAAGAAGAGGCACCCAAGCGGCUUUGGGCUCACUGCCAGGUGCCCCACUUCUCAUGGUUCCUCGUGGUUUCGCGUCCUGUGUCCGACACCUGCCUGGUGCCACCAGAAGGGACGUUGCUGUGCUGCUCAGGAUAUCCCGGGGUCAAGGUCACAUUCCCACCUGGGGCCACUGAAGAGCCUCGUAGUGUCUGCAUGCAGGUGCGGACAGGGCAGCCUCUGUGGAUGGUGGGUGGUUUCUCAACACAUAGGCAAGCCUGGGGUCCCUGUUUGCCCCAGGUGGUGCGCAUGGCCAGCAGAGAACUUCGAGCCCUGCUGGGGGAGCCUGAGGCUGCGGCCAGCCCCCUGCUGUGCCUCUCACAGAGUGGUGGCCCUCCUAGCUUCCUCCAGCCUGUCACUGUGCAGCUGCCUUUGCCCCCUGGGGUCACAGGCCUGAGUCUGGAUCGCUCUUGUCUUCACCUGCUGUACCGGACCCCUCUUGAAGCUGCUUGGGAUGACAUCACAGCUCAGGUGGCCCUGGAGCUCACCCACCUGUAUGCUCGCUUCCAGGUCACCCACUUCUCUUGGUACUGGCUCUGGUACACCACCAAGACCUGUGUGCAAGACCUGGCUCGGAAGGCCUGGGAGCGGCUGCGUCUGCACCGAGUCAACCUCAUUGCCCUGCAGAGGCGCCGGGACCCAGAGCAGGUCCUGCUGCAAUGCCUGCCCCGCGACAAGGUGGAUGCCACCCUGCGGCGACUGCUGGACCGUUACCGAGGCCCUGAGCCCUCUGACACGGUGGAGAUGUUUGAGGGUGAAAAAUUCUUCGCCGCUUUUGAGAAGGGUAUUGAUGUGGAUGCUGAACGCCCAGACUGCGUGGAAGGCAGGGUCUGCUUUGUCUUCUACUCACACUUGAAGAACGUGAAGGAGGUCUACGUGACCACUACCCUGGACCGGCAGGUUCAGGCUGUGAGGGGCCAGGUGUCCUUCUACCGGGGAGCAGUGCCUGAGGAGGUGCCUGAGGAGGCCAAGGCUGCCCGGCAGAGGAAGGGCAUGGACACCAUGUGGAUGGCCACUCUACCCAUCAAGCUGCCGAGAUUGCGGGGGUCUGAGGGGCUGGGGCAGGGGCGGGGGCCUAGCCUCUCUCUGGCACCUCUGAACCUGGGCGAUGCUGAGACUGGCUUCCUGACCCAGAGCAACCUGCUGACCGUGGCUGGGCGCCUGGGCCCUGACUGGCCAGCUGUGGCCCUGCACCUGGGCCUGCCCUACCGGGAGCUGCAGCGCAUCCGUCAUGAGUUCCGGGAUGACCUGGAUGGCCAGAUCCGUCAUAUGCUCUUCUCCUGGGCUGAGCGCCAGGCUGGGCAACCAGGGGCUGUGGGGCUUCUCCUGCGGGCCUUGGAGCAGAGUGACCGGCUGGAUGUAGCUGAGGAGGUGAGGGCCAUCCUGGAGCUUGGCCGCCAGAAGUACAAGGACAGCAUCCAGCGCACAAGCCUGGCCCCCAGGGGCCUUGACCCAGCUGACCCUGCAGCACCACAGUCUGUGGAGUCUGCCCAGGCGUAGACCCCCACUGACUUUGGGAUGGCCCCUGAUGGACCCUGCCAAAGGGUCAGGGGUCCCCAGUUUCAAGCCUUCCCUGAAUAUGCGGACAGUGACCUCCUACGUGUAACAAAUAUGUACUGUUGUGGCUGCU